GCUCAGUAGUUCAUGAUCUAGCAACGAGUAAAGAUUACAGUACAAUAUUAUAUAAAUUUGUAAAUAUGGGACGCAUAAAAAAAUUAAACGAGUCUGAAAAAAAGAAAAUUUCUGAAGUAAAACAACAACGGUUAUCAGUUGCAAAAAUAUCGAAAGUAAUAAGAAGAAGUCGUAGAGUAAUACACAAUUUCUUAAAAAAUGUUGAAGAUUAUGGCAAAAAGAAAAGUACUGGUCGGCCAUCAUUGUUAUCCGAUCGUGAUCGACUAAUUUUGCGUGUAGCUUCCAACUCGCAGUUAACAACGAAGCAAAUAAUGGAAAAAUGUAGUAUUAGUGCUACUGUUUCAAGUGUUCGUCGAGUUCUACUACCCUGCAAAAAUAUCAAGAGGUUAAAAUUGAGAAAGAAACAUUCGUUAACAACGAAACACAAAGUAGAACGUUUACGCUUUGCAAAAGAAAGAACGUUUGCGCUUUGCGUUGGAAAAAGAAAUGGAGAAGGGAAAAGAAACAAUGCCAGCAAUUCGACGACAAAUGGGAGGAGGCAGCGUGAUGGUUUGGGCCGGCAUCGGUUAUUUCGGCAAAACAAGUAUCAAGUUCAUCGAUGGGAGAAUGAAUAGUGUCCGAUACAUAAAUUUAAUCAAAGAACAAAUAAAUAAUCAUGCAGAAUGCAUUUCUGGACCUGAUUACAUCUUUCAGCAAGAUAACGCAUCUAUACACACAUCAAGAUUGGUACAAUCAUAUUUUAAUGAAAAUAAUAUGUCUAUUUUGCCGUGGUCUGCACGCUUCCCGACAUUAAUAUUAUAAUAUUAUUGAAAAUUGCUGGGCAGAACUUGUUCACGGCGUAUACGCGAAUGGAAAGCAGUAUCAACACGUACAAGAAUUAAAAAAUGCAAUUGUACGCGAAUGGGUUACGUUAAGCCAAAAUUAUAUCCAGAAACUAUAUAAAUCGAUACCAAAUCGUACAAUAGAAGUAAUAGAAAAUAAAGAGGGAUGUAUCCAUUAUUAAAUAAGUAUACAUGUUUGAUAAGUAAUUAUUGUUAGUUACAAUUUAUGU